CUUUCCUCAUGACUCUAGAGCAAAGUCUGAAAUGGAUGUUACAUGAAUCAUUUUAAGAGCUGCAUACAACUAUGAACAUUUCUGAAACCCUUUUCUCAGUAAAGUAGAUCAAGAUGGAUGAAUCUGCCUUGUUGGAUCUUUUGGAGUGUCCUGUGUGUCUAGAACGCCUGGAUGCUUCUGCAAAAGUCUUGCCUUGCCAGCACACGUUUUGCAAACGGUGUUUGCUGGGGAUAGUAGGUUCCCGGAAUGAACUCAGAUGUCCCGAGUGCAGGACUCUUGUUGGCUCUGGUGUUGAGGAGCUUCCCAGUAACAUCCUGCUGGUCAGACUUCUGGAUGGCAUCAAGCAGAGGCCUUGGAAACCUAGCCCUGGUGGGGGCAGUGGGACCAACUGCACAAACGCAUUAAGGGCUCAGGGCAGCACUGUGGUUAAUUGUAGCGCAAAAGAUCUGCAGAGCUCCCAGUGUGGACAGCAGCCUCGGGUGCAAGCCUGGAGCCCCCCAGUGAGGGGUAUACCUCAGUUACCAUGUGCCAAAGCAUUAUAUAACUACGAAGGAAAGGAGCCUGGAGACCUUAAAUUCAGCAAAGGUGACAUCAUCAUUUUGCGACGACAAGUUGAUGAAAACUGGUACCAUGGGGAAGUCAACGGAAUCCAUGGCUUUUUCCCCACCAACUUUGUGCAGAUUAUUAAACCAUUACCUCAGCCCCCACCUCAGUGCAAAGCACUUUAUGACUUUGAAGUGAAAGACAAGGAAGCGGACAAAGAUUGCCUUCCAUUCGCAAAGGAUGAUGUUCUGACUGUGAUCCGCAGAGUGGAUGAAAACUGGGCUGAAGGAAUGUUGGCAGACAAAAUAGGAAUAUUUCCGAUUUCCUACGUUGAGUUUAACUCGGCUGCUAAGCAGCUGAUAGAAUGGGACAAGCCUCCCAUGCCAGGAGUUGAUGCUGGAGAAUGUACCUCAGCAGCAGCCCAGAGCAGCACUGCCCCAAAGCACUCCGACACCAAGAAGAACACCAAAAAGCGGCACUCCUUCACUUCCCUCACCAUGGCGAACAAGUCCUCCCAGGCCGCCCAGAACCGCCACUCCAUGGAGAUCAGCCCCCCUGUGCUCAUCAGCUCCAGCAACCCCACAGCUGCCGCGAGGAUCAGCGAGUUGUCUGGGCUCUCCUGCAGUGCCCCCUCUCAGGUUCACAUAAGUACCACCGGGUUAAUUGUGACCCCACCCCCAAGCAGCCCAGUGACAACUGGCCCCUCAUUCACUUUCCCGUCAGAUGUCCCCUACCCAGCUGCCCUUGGAACCAUGAAUCCUCCCCUUCCACCGCCCCCUCUCCUGGCUGCCACUGUCCUCGCCUCCACACCACCAGGCGCUACUGCUGCUGUUGCUGCUGCUGCUGCUGCCGCCGCUGCUGCUGGAAUGGGACCCAGGCCUGUGGCAGGAUCCACUGACCAGAUUGCACAUUUACGGCCUCAAACCCGCCCAAGUGUGUAUGUGGCUAUCUACCCAUACACUCCCCGGAAAGAGGAUGAACUAGAACUGAGAAAAGGGGAGAUGUUUUUAGUGUUUGAGCGUUGCCAGGAUGGCUGGUUCAAAGGGACAUCAAUGCAUACGAGCAAGAUCGGGGUUUUCCCUGGCAAUUACGUGGCACCCAUCACAAGGGCAGUGACAAAUGCUUCCCAGACUAAAGUCCCUAUGUCUACUGCGGGUCAGACUAGUCGAGGGGUGACCAUGGUCAGUCCCUCCACUGCAGGAGGGCCUGUCCAGAAGCUCCAGGGAAACGGUGUGGCCGGGACACCCAGUGUCGUCCCCACGGCUGUGGUAUCAGCAGCUCACAUCCAGACAAGUCCUCAGACGAAGGUCCUGUUGCACAUGACUGGGCAAAUGACAGUCAACCAGGCCCGCAACGCAGUGAGGACAGUUGCAGCACAUAACCAAGAACGCCCCACAGCAGCAGUGACGCCCAUCCAGGUACAGAAUGCCGCCUGCCUCGGGCCUGCAUCUGUGGGGCUGCCCCACCAUUCACUGGCCUCCCCGCAGCCUCUGCCUCCAAUGGCAGGCUCCGCUGCCCACGCUGCUGCUGUCGGUAUCAGUCGAGCCAGUGCCCCGCUGGCCUGUGCUGCGGCCACUUCGCUGACCUCCCCGAGCAUCACCGCUGCCUCUCUGGAAGCCGAGCCCAGUGGCCGGACAGUGACCAUUCUCCCUGGACUUCCCACGUCUCCGGACGGCUCUUCAUCAGCUUGUGGGAGCGGUUCAGCAAGCAAACCAGACAAGGACAGCAAGAAAGAAAAAAAGGGGUUAUUGAAGUUGCUGUCUGGUGCCUCCACCAAACGGAAGCCCCGAGUAUCCCCUCCAGCAUCGCCCACCCUGGAAAUGGAGCUGAGUGGUAGCGAGUUGCCCCUGCAGGGAGCCGUGGGUCCUGAGCUACCCCUGGGAGGAGGCCACGGUCGAGCAGGCUCCUGCCCUGUGGACGGGGAUGGCCCAGUCACCGCGGCACCAGCAGGGGCAGCCCUGGCCCAGGAUGCUUUCCAUCGGAAGACCAGCUCCCUGGACUCGGCAGUGCCCAUCGCGCCUCCUCCUCGUCAGGCAUGUUCCUCCCUGGGUCCUGUUGCAAAUGACUCUAGGCCUGUUGUUUGUGAAAGGCACCGGGUGGUGGUUUCCUAUCCUCCUCAGAGUGAGGCAGAACUUGAACUUAAAGAAGGAGAUAUUGUGUUUGUUCAUAAAAAACGAGAGGAUGGCUGGUUCAAAGGCACGUUGCAACGCAAUGGGAAAACUGGCCUUUUCCCAGGAAGCUUUGUGGAAAACAUCUGAGGAGACAAACACUGGGGAGACUCAAAAUCACAUCACACAACAAAAGAGCACAAAGCAGUUUGAUGGAAAGAGCACAUCUGUGGACUUGGAAGGGUCAGAAGCUGAGCAGAGGGUUGGUAUGUGGCUCCGGAGCCUCAGCACAGCCACGCCAGCCAGCAGAGCAAAGCCGGUGUCUAGGUUUCACCACUCAGUUGGGAUUGUAAGGUGUGCCUUGUACUGAGCAACCUUUUUUUGUUUUUGAAAGAUGUCUAACUAAAAUGGACAAUUGUUUACAAGGCUUAACUAAUUUAUUUGCUUUUUUUUUUUAAACUUGAACUUUUCUUGUAAUAGAUAAAUUCUUUGGAUUAUGAUUUUAAGAAAUUAUUAAUUUAUGAAAUGAGAGCCAAGGAGAAGCUGGAUUAUCUCCUAUUGAGAGCGAGAGAUACAUUUUGAUGUCGAAUGCAUCUUCCCUCCCUCACCCCUGCCCCCCCACCAUUAUAUUUUGCUUCUCUAAGACAGAAUUGCCAGUUCUCUAAUUUGGGUUUUCCUCUUUGGGAAACCAAACAUAGAAUUGAAUCAGUAUAGAAAGGGCCUGGGGUAGGGAGAAAAACUCAAGAGAAGAAAGGUUAGUGAUCCUUUUUUUCUAGUUUGAUCAGGAAUCAACCUGAAGACCUAGUCCUCAAUUUAAUUUUAUGGGUUUUUAAAUUUCCCUAGAAUGGAACAAGUGAUAAGGGAAAACAAAGCACAAGCAUUGACUAGAAGUGUAUUCAGAAAUAAUAUUUAGUUUUUAUAACAGAAGCAGCUCAAUUCAUUGGUUGGAAAGUAGGGAACAUUGACGUUAUACUCGCUGUCUUGAGAAUGGCUAUGAAAUGUAAUUUCCAUUUUACCCCAAGUGAUCUGCAUGCCCAGGACACAGUAAAACGUUUGUGAGAUGUGGUGGUAAGUGAUGCGCUCGUGUUCGGGUCAAAGGCUGUAAGAAACACUGUGAAAAGUUUACGUUCAUCCAUUGUGGCUCUUUCUCCACCGUCUUGCAUGUGUUGCCAAGUCCCACAGUAUCAUGGACUGUGCAUGGUGUGUAUAGUUCAUUGCCGUUCUCUGCUGAGGUUAGUUUGCAUUCAGCAUUGACCGAUGCAGGAGAUGUAAAAUAAACAGCACUCUCUACCCCACAGCCUCUCCUGACCAAGGUCUGCUGAGCACACGCGCUCCCUCUCUGGCUAAGGUGUGUUCAUCAGCCAUCACACAAGUCAUGACUGAAAAUGCUCUGUGUCCUCCCAGCAGACAGAUGGAAAGGAUGAGCAUAUCCAGGAGGCUGCUCCUAAGGCCGUUCCUGGGAAGCUCUGGCGGGAAGGCUUGGCGGGAGCCAGUGUGCCCACACCUUACAAUUGUGGCAGGAUCCAGCUGAGCCUGCCUUUUUAUAUUUAUAUCCAUUCGCUGAUGUCAUUGGCCUCUUCCACCGAUUUCAGAUUUCAUUACGGUGCCACGCAGUCGUGGAUCUGGGGAGUCCUAAGAACAAAAGGAGGGAAGGCAGCCUGGUGGUGAGGUUGUUACCACAGUUUUCUCAUGGGAACUAAGUAAAGAAACAACAAACCUUAUUUUUUUUUUUUACACUUUUAAGAAUUAAUGCUGGGAAAUAGAAACAUGGACUUAAAAGUCUUCUUGCAAUAGCAAGAAGUUUCAUCGUCUUAAAAAGAUACAGAAUGUGGUUGAAAAUGAAAUCAUUCCUAAGUUAACCAUUUUUUUUAUAUAAAACACUGUACAUUAUGUUCCUGUGUGUUGAAUUUUUUUAAAAAAAAUACUUUACUGGGAUAUUCAUGUAAUAUAUAAAGGUUGGUGAAAUGAACUUUAGUUAGGAAAAAAAGCUGAUGCCAGCUUUCAUCUGUGUAAGUUGACACCAAUGUGUCAUAAUAUUCUUUAUUUUGGGAAAUUAGUGUAUUUUAUAAAAAUUUUAAAAAGUAAAAAGACUACUACAGGUUAAGAUAAUUUUUUUACCUGUCUUUUCUUCAUAUUUUAAGCUAUGUGAUUGAAGUACCUCUGUUAAUAAGUUUCCUGGUAUAAAGUUGGUUAAAAUUUCAUCUGUUAAUAGAUCAUUAGGUAAUAUAAUGUAUGGGUUUUCUAUUGGUUUUUUUGGAGACAGUAGAUGGAUUUUGUAACAAGGGCUUGUUACACAGUGAUAUGGUAAUGAUAAAAUUAUAAUUUAUCAUUCCUUUUCAUGUUAAUGAUUUGAGGACUAGAUAAAAUGUUUCAAGAUUAAAAUUUGAUGUUCAACCUUUA